GCGCGCUGCCCCUCCCCUCUCAUAGCGGCGGCCCAAGAUGGCGGACACAAUGAGGAGGAGCCGCCGCGCCGCGGCCUGAGCGGGCCCAGCCCCGCCGCUCCCCGCUUUACCGUGCCCACACGCAGCCUGUCGCCUUUUCCCGUCCUCUGUUGAGCCUCACUGAGCCGCCAGGCCCCGCUUUAUUUUAUCUCGCCCCCUUUUUUCUCCUUUGGGCCUGCUUUGAUUUUCCCGGCCCUCUCGGCGGCCCCGCCCGCCCCGCUUUGAGCGCGGCCGCCUGUGAGAGCGGCCCGUCCCGUCGGUAUGAAGCUGACGGACAACGUCCUGCGGAGCUUCCGCGUGGCCAAAGUGUUCCGCGAGAACUCGGACAAGAUCAACUGCUUCGACUUCAGCCCCAACGGCGAGACCGUUAUCUCCAGCAGCGACGACGAUUCCAUCGUGUUGUACGACUGCCAGGAGGGCAAACCAAAGAGAACGCUGUACAGUAAGAAGUAUGGAGUGGACCUCAUCAGAUACACACACGCAGCCAACACAGUUGUGUACAGCUCCAACAAGAUAGAUGAUACAAUCCGAUACCUCUCUCUGCAUGACAACAAAUACAUUCGGUAUUUUCCUGGGCACACCAAAAGAGUGGUUGCCCUUUCAAUGUCUCCAGUGGAUGAUACUUUUAUUUCUGGAUCCCUUGAUAAAACUAUUCGACUCUGGGAUCUUCGCUCUCCAAAUUGCCAGGGCUUAAUGCAUCUCCAGGGGAAACCAGUGUGUUCUUUUGACCCAGAAGGAUUGAUUUUUGCUGCUGGAGUCAAUUCUGAAAUGGUGAAGCUUUAUGAUCUCCGCUCUUUUGACAAGGGGCCAUUUGCUACGUUUAAGAUGCAGUAUGACCGCACAUGUGAGUGGACAGGCCUGAAGUUCAGUAAUGAUGGCAAACUCAUCCUUAUAUCAACUAAUGGAGGAUUCAUUCGAUUGAUUGAUGCCUUUAAAGGAGCUGUCCUGCAUACAUUUGGGGGAUAUAACAAUAGUAAGGCUGUCACGCUGGAGGCAUCAUUCACACCAGACUCUCAGUUCAUCAUGAUAGGUUCAGAGGAUGGCAAGAUUCAUGUUUGGAACGGGGAAAGCGGGAUGAAAGUGGCAGUACUGGAUGGGAAACACACAGGCCCUAUAACCUGUCUGCAGUUCAACCCCAAAUUCAUGACUUUCGCUAGUGCGUGUUCAAAUAUGGCCUUCUGGUUGCCGACGAUUGAUGACUAAUUCCUACACUGCAGCUACUGUCAGAUGACUUUCCAUACAGCUAACAGCAGCGUAUUUUUUUGCAAGGAUAGUAUUGGAAUUGCCUACAUCUUCUAGACUCUGAUCCCAUUCCUGUAUAUGUUUCCAUAUGUCUUACCUUAUUGGCUGCAUCCCUCUCCAAGGACUCCUUCACUUGACCUUCUAGCAUGUUCAGAAGUGACAUACAACACCUCCUUACCUUGCAGACCAUGCCCAGCAGGCUUCAGCUGACGUUGGAACUGGCAAAGUAUUAUGAAAGCUGGGGAGUCUGCUUUAUUUACAGAAUGCUCGUGGCAGUUUUUAAGCUGUAAUUUUAUAUUCUCCUUCUUUAAGUGCAUAAUUCAAUUGAUGUUCCAAGGUGGAACGUGCAGUUCCUUCCCACAAGUGCAUGUUUUUCACAUCUGGGAUCUCCUAUUUCACUGCAGUCCACGGAUGGAAAUUACUACUGUGCCAAAUGUGAACACUGACAGCUUUCAACUCAAAGAGCAGAUGCUGGAGUUUCUUGCAGUUGAACACAUGCUGAAAGAGUGGGUGACUGUACAUUUACAUCACGAUUCCUAUCAUCCUUUUUUGGCAAUUUAGUGUGCAACAAACCAUGCACAUCUUUUGACACUGCCAGAGCUUUAGGAAGCCUCCCUGCUGUUUGCUCUGCCAGCAUCCCAAAGGGUGCACACAGUGUUGAAGUCUGGUCUGUGUCCCAAGCAAUAAAGGAGUCUGUCAACAGGAAGAUGGGGAAACCAAACUGGGACUGAAAGCACAGUCUGCCUCUGUAUCUUCCUUAUGUAUCAUCUUGGCUGAUUUUGUAAAUAUUUUGGGGGGCAGUGGGAAUGGGCCAUAUUUUUUUACUUUUAGAUAUUAAAAAACGUGAUGUGGGACAGUGUUGUGGGAUGUCAAAGCUGUUCACUUUUCAGCAGUGCAGUUUUCCCCUCCUGGUUUGUAAGUAAGCUCUGUUAAGUGCUCCCCAGCCUGGGGUUAGACCUGUAUCGCUUGGUUGAUGCAACAAUAUGCACAGUUGGUUUGUGAUUUCAUGAUACAGUUGUUCUUGGGUGUACAGGUUUGCAGCAGCAGCAACCCGAUAAGAGCGAUGCUUGCACUGAAAGUAAAGCUUAACAUGCUCUUGCUGGUUUCAUUCUGCUGUAGCCCUGCUCCAAGGACCCACCCCCACAGAGAUGGGAAGGACUUGCUCUCCUACUCCAGUGGGGCUUGCUGGCAAUUUAUACGGUCUUCAAGCUUGGUUCCAGGUUCUUUCUCUUGUCAUAAUGUGUUGAUUAGAUACAUCCAGUGGUAGGCCGUGAUGGGCUCAGAGUAAAUGUGGCCUUGAUUGUAUUCUUACUUUUCUAAAUGUGCUUGGUGUUACAUGCUGGGCUGUGGCCUUGAAAGUCUGUUCUUUCCUUCUGAAUGUAAAAUGCUGGCAAGGUGAAAAACACCUAUGGGCAUUUUCUCUGUGCACUCCAGUAUCAGUCCAUACUGGAAAACAGUCGCUCGAGCAUUUUACCUUUUGUCUAGUGGAGUUUUACAUCAGGGCUCUUCUCAGCUGUGGAGCCCUAUAUGUAACUCAGAGCCCGUCUCCUCCACAAGUAGAACAGCUGCUUCCAUUUUGCUUUUCCUUGCUUUUAUUUUCUUACAGCCUUUAUCAAAUGGAAAUGAGCUGCGCAAAGAACUUGGGAUUUGGAACAGGCGUUUCUUCACUGCUGGUUCCUUUAAAGCAGCACUGCCUGCUGAGCUGCAGCUUUUGCCUCUGACAUUUAUCAGGAGGACUGCUGUGCGUGAGGCAGCCUGAGAAGCUCAAUGUUUGAUGCUGUUGCUUUCUGCUUAAGCUCAGUGGCUUGCCUCUGCUAACGUUACCACGCGCGUUUUGAGCCAUUUCUCGUGUCAUCCACUGUGAUGUGAGUGUGCCUGUCCUCCAGUGGAGGAGCGAAGGGAGCAGCAGACCAACGCUUCUGAUUUCACCAAACCUUUCUGCUGUUAGAGCUGCAGUUGAGACAUUCAUACUACUACACCAGCAUCCCUCUUCCCAGUGAGUACUGUCCCACCAGCACCUAUAAACACCCAGGAGGAAGGGAGGUGGAUAUCUCAGACCUCACGCUCCGACUGGCUUUUCACCACCACCUCUUAUGCUCGGUGUUGUUGCAUUUCAGGCUGCUCGGUGCUAUUUUACCUUUUUCACUGUUUCUGUAAGCAGCCUUCUGCAGUGGUUUGUAACAUACAGCUCCUUGGGGUCUGUAGCACGUUUUAACAGUCUGCUUUUACAUUCAGUAGCAAAUGGUUUUAAAGUCUGUUGCCUUAGCAAAUGGAAACCCACCUGGGGUUGUUUUUCUUGUUCUUUUUAAUAAGGAGGCAUUUGGAAGUCUGUUGUUCUGAAAAUGUUCUUUGUUGACGUGGCUCCUGUGCUUAUCUAAAAACGGUUAUUCAGUUCUCUUCUGCUUGCAGUGUUGUAGAUCUUUGUGCAUUGCAGCGUGAAAUGCUUUCUAAAAGAAGAAAAAGAGGACCAAAGCAGCAGUCUAGAAGGACGCGUCCAUUGAGAGUAUCAGUGGAAUUGUGGGGUGAGAUGAACUCACAAGGUUUGUGCCCGACAGAGCACUAAGGCUCAGUUCAAACCAGAAUGCUUUCCCAGGGCCAGCUACUACCUGCCCGGUGGCAAAGCCAUCUUUAUGGCUUGGUAUAGCAGCAGAUGCUUUCAAUUUGCCUUUAAAAGAAGGAAAUGUGCUCAGUAGUGUUAAGAAAUGUUGGUAUCCUGUGCUCCUGGAAGAUCAGGUGAAGAAAGGUCUUAGCUUCCAGCUCCUACGUCUUUUAAAGUUAGAAGACAUGAGUGCCCCAGUGGGAAAUGUACCUCAUUAAAAAGCAGCACUCUCUGACCUAACAGUGGCCAAACUUACAUAAAGCUGAGUAGGAAACAGCAUUCUGCACCCCACUGCCCACACUGGAGAUCUCUUAGAUCAGCCCUUUGUUCUUUGGGAUGAAAUAAAGGUGAAGGGAAAGCAAGAUGUGAUGGCCCACUCCUCAAUAACGCUGUUGGCUGAGCUCACCUGUAUGGACUGUGGUGUCGACUUUAUGAGGCUCCCACAUGCUGGGUUAAUGUCCCAGCUCCUGGUCUGGGGAACAUGGAAGCAUGGAAGUGAAUGAAUGUGGAAGCAGCAGCGUAUCUCCCUCCAGUGUUGCUUCUGCCUGUAUUUGCACUUUAAGAGUCUCCACCUUGUUUUUGGGUCCAGGCUUAGGAUCCUGUUGAGAAAAAGCUGCUCUCUUGGUUAUGAGCUGGUUUUGUGACUUUUACUCCUAGGCGGUACCUGCAGAUGGGUGUAAAUACGUGAAUGUGGAGAACUCGGUUAUUGUGGCUGUUAACAAUAAAUAUUUUGUAGACAGAUCGCA